AAGUGACACUUGUCACACAAUUUUUACCUUAUUAUAGAUACCAUAAUUGAAUUCUUGUUCUUCUUCAUCUCUUGACUGAUUGAUUUCCUGUUGUGGUUAUUUUUAAUUUUGCAAAUUUGGGAACUUCAUCAAAUGGCUAUGGCUUCCAUUUUUGCUGUCAUUUUUCUCUCUGCUCAUCUAGUGCUCAUUCACUCAACCGAUGAAGACGAUAAAAAACCCCUCCCCAUUUGCCCAAAGUCCUUCCAAUGCGGAAAUCACACCACCAUCAGCUUCCCUUUCACAAACCACACGUAUUCCCAUUGCGGUAUUGAGCUACAUUGCCCCAAAAAAGGUGGAAAAAUCCAACUUCGGAGCCAAUUCUGGUAUGAUGUUGAGAGCAUAAAUGACAGUAUCCUUAAAAUUCAUGAUCCCGUGCUCGAACAGCACAUAGCUCAGGGAAGCUGCGACGACACCUUCAAGAAUCUAACCCUUCCCUACUUUCCUUUCGUUUCUUUCAUCAUCUUGAACAAUCUCACCUUCUUCAAGUGCAAUAACACUCCUCAUUUCAUUACUCAUAGUUAUAUUGGUUACAGAGACUGCCCGGGGGGCUCCACUGUCUACUACAAAUAUCCAGAUGAUGAUGAACCUACACCCCCUGCAGAGAGUCUUCCACGUAAUCAAUGUUCAGCUAUUCAGCUGCCAGUGUUGUGGCCUAGAAAUAAUACAAAUCCCGGAUAUCCUUUCGGACUAUUGAAUGCAACUUUCCCUCUUAAAUGGCAUAUAUCCCAUGAUUGUCAAAUGUGUCUUGAUAGAGGCCGCCAGUGUCUAAAUAUCAAACAUAAGUUCGUAUGUCGAGAGUUUAAAGGAAAAAGAAACUACAGAUUGAUUCUAGGAACAGCUAUUCCAGGAUUUGUUAUCCUCGCCUUGCUCAUAUUGAUUAUAUGGCGUCGAUACAAGUGGAAUUAUGUGUUUUCAUACUUCCUUUCAAGGAACAAUACUUCUUUCCAUCCCUCCUCAAAAACAGACCUCGAAGGAGGUAGCAUUUUCUUCGGGAUCCCUGUGUUCUCCUACGCUGAACUUGAAGAAGCCACCAACAAUUUUGAUCCUAAACAAGAACUCGGAGAUGGGGGCUUUGGAACUGUAUACCAUGGCAAACUUCGGGAUGGGAGGGAAGUUGCAGUCAAGCGCUUAUACAAUCACAACUACAAGCGGAUGGAGCAGUUCAAGAAUGAAAUCGAAAUCCUGGCUGGCUUGAGGCAUCGCAAUCUUGUCACUCUUUAUGGCUGCACCUCGCGACACAGCCGUGAACUACUCCUAGUUUACGAAUACAUUCCCAAUGGCACACUUGCUGACCAUCUCCACGGUGAUCAAGCAAAGCCCGGUUCGCUUCCAUGGCCUAUUCGGAUGAACAUUGCCAUAGAAACCACGACUGCAUUGGUUUACCUCCAUGCUUCUGACAUCAUACACCGCGAUGUCAAAACCAACAACAUUCUCCUUGACAACAAUUUUUGUGUCAAAGUUGGUGAUUUCGGGCUUUCAAGGCUCCUCCCAACCGAUGUCACUCAUGUCUCGACGGCUCCACAAGGGACUCCGGGCUACCUUGAUCCGGAGUAUAGCAAAUGCUACCAACUUACUAAUAAGAGUGAUGUUUAUAGCUUUGGGGUUGUCCUGAUCGAGCUCAUAUCGUCGUUGCCAGCAGUUGAUGUAGGUAGGCAUAGGCAUGAGAUUAAUUUGGCCGACUUGGCGGUAAACAGAAUCCUGAACUGCGCGUUCAAUGAGUUAAUUGACCCAUGUCUUGGAUUUGAGUCCGAUGGUGCAGUGCAGAGAAUGACUUCUUCGGUGGCAGAGUUGGCUUUUCGGUGUUUGCAGUAUGAAAGGGAACUGCGGCCUACAAUGGAUGAAGUUUUGGAGACCCUGAUGGCAAUUCAGGGCCACGAGUGCAAUGUUGGGGCGUUGAAAAGUAAAGGACCGCCUCUUUCACCGGAGUCCGACGAUGUCGCGUUAUUGAAGACUAAAGAGAUUCCACCUUCGCCAGUUUCUGUGACAGAUGGUUGGGUAAGUCGAUCUACCACACCCAACACAAGUGUGUGAUGAGGCUUCCUUUCAUUCUGCUAAAAAAAAAACUCAACUCUCAUAACUAUAUGCAAAUCAAUAGGUUAUAAUUAUUCUCUUCUCAUCUGUUUAUCUUUGUUUAAUUUGUUGUUCAUAUUGAUAAUUUAAAUAUAAGGUCGAGGGAAUGUAGAGCUGCUAUUUGUAUAUUUAUGUUGAUAGAUCUUGAAGAAAUUUCAGACCUAAAUUUCAAAGAAGAUAAUAAACUUUCACUAUAUAUUACCUUUUACAUAUGCAACCAACAUUCUUGAUUUUUCAUUUGUAAAAUCAAUUGUAAAGAGUAAAAUGGAUGUGUAUUUUAGUCAAAAUAAUCUGUCCAUAUGUUACAUGGGUUGAAUAUAAUACAUAUAAUACCCUUAUAGAUUUAAUAUAGUGCAUAUAACACCCUUAUAGUACAAAAUGAGCGUAUUACCUUACUUCAACGAAAAAAAAAAAAAAAAAAAAAAAAAAAAAAAAAAAAAAAAAAAAAAAUCACAUUAUACCCUUCCCUUAAUGUGCUUAGUUAUUAAUGUUGAAGGCCUAGAAAAAAUGGAUGUAAAUAGAAAGACUAGAUGAGGCAUCUCAAAAAAUAUUCAUUAUAUGUGUGACAAAAUUUUCGUAUAAUUUAACUAGUGAUUUUGUAAGUAAAGAUUAAAAUUGAUAUUACAUAUUUGUAGGUUACAUUUAUUUCUUUUCAUCUCUCUUCGCCCAAUUUUGAACCGAUAAAAAACUUUCCAAAACCAUGGUUUAGGUCCUUGCUUGCUUCCUUCCUUCCUUCCUUUGGCGUGAUUAAAGAUUAUGUCUGACUCUGAUACCAACUGAAACGGAUGCACGCUUGCCCAUUUACCCAAAAACUCAAAUUAUUAGGUACUACAGCAUACCCACCCAUUUAUACCCAAUCACUUUUCCAUUCAAAUAUAACGUGAAACAAAUGACCCCUUUUACAUAUAACCACUACAUCUCAAAGAGAGGGAGAAGGCUCGAGAUCUCAAAGAGGAGGAGGCAGGCAGUGUGUGAGUAGACUUACACAUGACAUCCAAAGUUUCAAGGCAAAAAAAUCAGAAU